UGAGGGUUACGGGGUCUUGGCAAAGACGGGCGGCCUCGAGAAGGCGAGGUUGAAAGUCUAGCGUACAGGAGGUGCGUUGGCUUCCGCAGUAAGGACUAGACGGUGAAAUACCCGAUCCUGACUUUGUUAUGAGAUCGUUGGAGGGAGUAGUCGGUAGGUACAGCACGCGAUUGCAUAGACCGUCAUCCCCUCCCGACUCCCGCAUUACCCAUUACGGCAUAGCAUCUCCCCGACACCUCUCCCAUUCGGCGGAAGCGUACUCCGUACCUAGGCACUGUGCUGUCUUACCGUUAGUAGUGUCAACGUUCCUGGUAGUGAUAGGGAAACGGUCUAUUUCCUGAGUGGAGAACCAUGCCUGGCUCGCAUUGACUCUCAGGUUCAAAGACGUGACGCAG